CGAAAAAUAAAAUUUUUACAAAACAGGCGGCAACAGAAAAAGGGUUGGAAAUAAUUGGCGCCAUAAAUCUUUAUAGAAGCAAUUUUUAACUCGAUCGAUUCCCUGGUGUGUGCUGUUUCGCCGGAAGUGUAAAACGAGAACAUCGAAAAUGGAGAACGACGGGAGAUCUAGUGAGAAAAAUCUUUACGAGGUUCUUGGUGUCGGAGCAACUGCAUCUCCACAGGAGAUAAGGAAGGCAUACCAUAAGUUGGCACUGAGGCUUCAUCCUGAUAAAAAUAAGGACGAUGAGGAAGCUAAAGAGAAAUUUCAGCAGCUGCAAAAGGUGAUAUCUAUUCUCGGUGAUGAAGAGAAAAGGGCAGUCUAUGAUCAAACUGGCUCAGUUGAUGAUGCUGAUCUUUCGGGAGACGUGGUUGACAACUUAAGGGAUUUCUUCAAGGCCAUGUACAAGAAGGUCACCGAGGAAGAUAUUGAGGAGUUUGAGGCAAACUACCGGGGUUCUGAGUCUGAGAAGAAAGAUUUGAUUGAGCUGUACCAGAAGUUUAAGGGUAGAAUGAGCAGGCUUUUCUGCUCAAUGCUUUGCUCGAACCCCAAGCUUGAUUCACACCGUUUCAAAUAUAUCAUUGACGAGGCCAUUGCAGCAGGAGAAGUGAAGUCAACGAAAGCUUACAAGAAAUGGGCAAAGGAAAUAUCAGAAAUAAAACCCCCCACGAGUCCCCCAAAGAUGAGACAAAAAGCAAAAAAAGGUGCAGAGAAAGAUCUUUACGCUAUAAUUGCAAAGCGAAGAGAUGAGAGGAAAGAGAAGUUCGAUACAAUGUUCUCGUCACUUGUUUCUAGGUAUGGUGACAACGCUGACUCGGAGCCAAAUGAAGAAGAAUUUGAAGCUGCCCGGAGGAAAGUUGAAAGCCGGAGAUCAUUGAAGAAGUCAAGAAGAAAGUAAAAGCUUUUUUUUUCUGGGGGUUUGCAAAGUAAAGUAGUUUGUGAACUCUUUGUUUUGUGUUUGUGAUGGUGAAGAAUGUUUGCAGAAUUUAGAUCACAUGCUGUUUUUAUUAAGGUUAAAUUUCUGUGACGGUGUUUGUGAAUCUGUAUCGUAAUACUACUUUCUACGCUUUCCUUGUUGCAGUAUUUGUAAGCAUCACCUUUAAACAAGACGAUGUAUUGCCUGAGAGAUUC